UACUAUGAAGUGAAUUAUAAUUUUAUUGACGACAAAGAGCUGACAAGCUGAGUAGACCAUAUACAGGAAUUUAAAAUUAGAAACCCUUUCAAGUGUAAGUCAAGAACUCUAACCAGUGCCACCAGACAGAACUUCUGCACAAAGUGUGAUGUAACUGACUUGCAUCGAUUAAUAAUUUAAACACCAGGGUCCAUUUAAGAAGACUUACAAAUGGAUAAGAACCACAGGGGAAGAAGAGACAGAGGGGGAGACAAAAAAUUACAAAAAACAAACAAGCAACGAAAGCAACUCAAGCAGUAACCAAAACACUGAUAACAAAAUUAAUAAUUUUAAUCAUUUAUUUCUGUAAAUUAUAAUUUAAGAACUGUGUGUAACAUUCAUAACACAAUUACUAUCAGUAGAUGACCUUAGAUGUCAAUUGUCACUUACAGAAAUAUUCAAUGUUCAUAGUGAAAGGGAUUUGAUAUGUUUUUAUCAUUACAAUACAUGUUAACAUAUGUAGAAGUAGCAAUACAAUGCAAAACUCAUCACAUAUUAUCCAAUCGCCACUUGACAGAAAAUAAUGAACUGAUAAUGUACUGCAAUUAUGGAUGGUAUUACCAAAUCAAUGGAAAUCAGUGACUCUCAUGAUUUUUUUUAAAGAUGUAGCAACAUAUUCUUAAGUCUAAAAGAUAAUUUGCAUAACAAAUAUUUAAGAGUAAACAAUUUGUGGAAUCGAAACGUGUGCAAUCACCCAAGUUGGUUAGCUAACAGGGUCUAUGCUUCCUCAUUCCGUAACCCCUAUAUAACUACAAAAAGGUGGGCACUGGAAAUGCUCAGGGCAGUGAUUCAUUCACUGCUCCUCUGAUUGCAGCAAAUCAAGACCGGGAUUCCAGGUGAAUUUCACUGAGCUAUAGAGGCAACCCUGUAAUGUAUGGGCAUACACACACUUGAGGGGUGGGGGAGACGGGGAACAACGACAAUGUUAUACACACAUCUUGAACACAUUUUAAAAGAGACACAAUGGGUAACGAUAUGAUUAAAGUUUGUCUACCAUGCAUUCAUCUAGCUCUUUCCCCCAUGUAUGUGAUGAAAAGCUGUGAUGUCCAUUGCUACACUCUAGGAAUUUAGAAGGGGGGCUGAGCGUUCAGCAGUGGCGCUAGGCCCCGUUCAGCCCCCUGACGCUAUGGGGCUGAAUAGAAGUGUCUAAUAGAGGUGUCUAAUAGAGGUGUCUGAUAUAAGUGUCUAAUAGGUGUUUAAUGACAUCCAUUUUGGGACAAGAGCUGUAGAACAAAACAAGACUACCUUCAAGGCAGACUACGAAAUGUCAUAACCAGUUGCAUGUCAGAAAACAUUUCCACAAAACCUAAUGCAUAGGACACAAUACCUAAUCCAUGAUCGGCAAAUUCACUCCACCCCCCAUAUUCACACUGGCUUGAAUUGCUGGAAAUAAAAUAAAAUAGUUUUAAAUAAUGUAAGUUAAAUGUUGCUCUGUUGCUCAGCUUCUUUACUGCUAUUGUUCUAGGAUCUUGUGCACGUAUGCAAGAUGAAGCUCUUUAUUCUGCUGCUGACAGCCACUGUUGCUCAAAGCGCCACGUACCUUGCGACCUUUCCGUAUUGGUAUUGGUAUGCACAGACGAGGUCAGAUCUUGCCAUGGGCUUCUCACUGUUGCCAGGACCUGGUAAUGAGACCCUCGUCAAUGUGACCUUCGACAUCCCGUCACGUGGUAUCAAGAAAGAACUUGACAACCUGAGUGUGGGCACAACGACUAUGGUCACCUUUCCAAGUAUGCUGAAUAGGGAUUGGUUCAUGAUGAACCUGGUGGCCAAGUCUGGAAACCAAGAGCUCUUCAGCACGUCGCUGUAUACUGGAUAUUAUCCUCGGUUAAACAUCAUUAUUCAAUGUGAUCGAUAUUUCUAUCAGCCGGGUCAGACAGUUCAGUGUAUAUUAUUUGGUGUCUAUGGCAAUCGCUUGCCUUACUUGGGACGCUUUAACAUCUCUCUGCAGAGUUCUUUGGGGGACGUAAAGAAGACCUGGCAGAAUGUGCAGGGAGAGAAGGGAAUUGUAUCCCUGCAGUACUCACUGUCUGAGACGGCGCUAGAAGGAUACUGGUAUCUGCAGGUGGAGGCAGAAGAGCACGCAACCAAUAGCUACUGGAAUGCAUUUGAAGUAAGAAACUAUGUGGAUAUUGUGCUCAUUGACGUCCCACGCUACUUCGAUCUCAGUGGAAGUGACGACCUCUCUGGAGUGAUAUCUGCAUGGUACCAGGGCAAGACCUUCAAAGGCACAGCAACUGUCACCAUCGGUCCAUAUUACAACUCUAAUGCAUGGAUUACGAAGGAUGUGAAUGUUGAUGGAAAUGGAUACUUCACUUUCCGCCGGAGUGAGCUUACACAGCUGUUUUUUGCCAAUACCUCAGAAAUAUAUUAUUCACCAAUCUCAGUCGUCAUUACCGAUGACGCAACAGGCAUGAGAAUGGAAAAAAACACCUGGGUUAUUUUUUCAAAGAACAGAGUUGAAAUUUAUUUCUAUGGGUAUUGGAGAUUCAUUCCUGGAAUUAACUUUAAAAGUCAUAUAAGACUUUAUCUGGUAGAUGGACUGCCACUAACUUCAAAAGACCGAGAGACAAAGCUUACAGUGUCAGUCAAACAGUACAUAUCAGGUAUUGAGCAGAUGAGUUGCCCUGGGAUCAAUAAUGGAUCUCAGAUAUUGGAUCAAACUGAUGCCAAUUACACAGUACCAACGAACGGAAUUGUUUUCAUCGAUGUGCCAACUUCCAAAGAAGCAAAUUUCCUGACUGUGGAGGCACGAUUUGGUGAAGUCGUUGUUUGUAAUUCGAUAUCAGCAUGGGUGAGUUUUCAAAAUGGAUCAUUUUUGCACGUGACAGCCAGUGAAACCAAUGUCAAGGUUGGGAGCCCAGUUUCCUUCACAUUAAAAAGCUCGGACAGCAGCAUCACCAAAGUGUCUUACCAGGUAAUGCUGUUUUGCACUCUAAGCUACGUUUUUAGCUAUAAGCAGUCAAAUAUUUCAAUACUCUGUGGUUUACAACAGCAAUCUACCUUGGGCCAACACUACCUGUUACAAUAGCAUGUUUGACACUU